ACAUGGCCAAGAGCCUAAGCAGAUAGGCCCAACAUCUCACAGCCCACAAUGUAUAUCGGUUGUGCCUUCCUCGCUUGGUCGUGAAUCGACCGGCCAUGGCAGACAGCAGCGAAGGCGGAGUACCACCAGCACCAGUUGUGCAACCAACGGUAAACCACCGGAUCAAGCUUAACGUUGGUGGCAAGCUAUUCGAGACCACGUCAUCUACUCUCCAGGUCGGUGGUCAUGAUUCCCUCCUCGCAGCCCUCUCAUCCCGCCACGCCAUCGAGAACGACGAGCGGGAGCCUAUCUUCAUCGAUCGCGACCCAGAGAUCUUCUCUACUCUCCUCUCCCUCCUCCGCUCAGGUCGCCUCCCAUCUGCCGCUCGACGCCGCUUCUCCAAGCAGGACCUUGCCGAGGAAGCUCUCUAUUACGGCAUCGAGGGGCGCCUUCGAUCGGCUCUCUCCCCGCCUCCUCUUAUGGGAAUCAACGCCACACUCGCUUCCACCAUUGUUCCCGCUGCCGAAGCCCAUCCCACCGCUCUUUAUGCUGGCUCCGAUGACGGAUCCAUCUGGAUAGCUCACGGUGGCCAAAUCUCUGCCUACGAUUCGAAUCUCAUCCAUUCGGGAACCGUCCGCACACAUCUCGAGGAUAUCGCAUCCCUACGAUGCAUCUGGCCGGAAAUCGCUGCGAUCGGCUCUCUGCAGACACCAGGAUUGCACUUGUACGACGUUUCCAGCGGUCGCCAGGUCGCGUUGGUCAACUGGUCCGAUCCAUCGGAUCCCCGCGUCUACAAGGCUAGGGUCACUGCAAUUGGAGCCACCGAACCGGGGUACAACGGAAGGCGCCAUAUAUUCGCGGCAUUCGAAUGCCCUCACCGCGAGAAUUGUAUCCUUUCGGUGGAUCGAUCCACUUUGCAAAUCGUGUCGGAAAUAGGACGGUUGUCGGGAAGCGGAUCAAAAACGUCGUCUCCGGGAAAGCUUGUGGAUCUGACGGAAGUCGGAGGCGGGGUGGUGUUUGCUUCGGCGGUGAGUUCGGGGGCGUUUGGGUACUCGGGCUACAUGAGGCUUUGGGAUCCUAGGACGGGAAAGGCAGUGUGGGAGACUAGCGAACCAGGGAGUGGGGUGCGGAGCGACAGGUUUGGCGACUCAUUUGCCGACGUAGAUGUUGACAGGAAGGAGAUGGCAAUCUACAAGGUGUGUUGGAAGUCAGGCGAUCUAGCUGUUGCGGACAUGAGGAAGCUGAGCGAGGAUCCAUGGUUGUACCUGGAAGAGCGCAGCGCUGCAUUGAGGAGCGCUGGUGGAGGAACAAACAGCAUCGUCAGUUGUUACAAUGGGCAGGUGUUUGUGAGUAGAGAGAGUGGUCUUGAAGUUUGGUCGCGUGCAGAGGAAGAGUCGGAAGAGGGGGAAGGUGAUGCUCAGAGGAAGAAGAUUUGGAGGAGGAAUUUUGUGGACAGGGAAGAUGAUGCGAAAAGGGGUUUGAUUCGAGGGAUGGAGGCUGGUGGAGAUCGGCUGUUUGUGUGCAGGUCUGGAGUGGAAGGGGUUGAGGUGUGGGAGAGCUCCAAUUUUUCCGGUGCCAUCUGUCUGUUCUGACUUGGUAAUUGUAUUCUGAAUGGCGGUCUCUCUGCAUCAAUGCUUAGCAGAAAUGGAGUUUGGGCAAAGCUUGAGAUUAUGCUUGUUUUUAUAUGUGGUGGUUUAUUAUGAAGAUACAGAGCAGCCAUAUGACAAACUCAGAAAUAUGGAGCAGACACUUUUCAAGCAUAUCAAAGAAGAACAAUUGGAUUAUAAGCCUUGCACUCGUGAAGCAACUUAGCACUUUAUCUAUAUAUACACUAUACAACCAAGACAAAUGUAUGUAUAUGAAGAAGCAUGUUGAGGUGUUCUUCUUCAUCCUAAUUUUUAUAAAUGUAUGCUUUGAAAAUUUCAAUUUAUCCUAGUAAGACAAUUUCAGAGGGCUCUAUUGAAAAAUGGAUGGAAAGAAAAUCCAAUUUAAGGCAACUA